AUGGCGACGGUGAACAUGUCGUUCUACCGCUGGGAGAGCGUCACGCCGCCACCUGUCUUCGACUGGCGCACGACUACCUCCAUUACGCCCAUCCAGACGCAGUUUCAGUGCUCAAGCUGCUGGGCGAUCGCAGCCAUCGAUUCCGUCGCCAUGAUGUGGUCCAUUGCCAACAACGCCACCGCAGAACAGCUGUCGCCGCAGCAGGUGUGCGACUGCGCGACGAAGCAGUGCUGCCAGGGCGGGUGGCCCGAGUGGGCCUUCUCCUACGUGCUCUUCAACGGCGGCAUCACCUCCAACGCCAACUACCCCUACCUCGCUUACGAUUCCGCCACGUGUCUGCUCGACACAACCAUGCCGUCCACGGCGCAGAUCACGGGGUGGGAGCUGGUGCCGGCAUUCAACGCCAUGGCGCUCAUGAAGGCUGUGACCAAGCAGCCUGUCGUCGCGUUCCUUAGCGCUUCGUCCACGGAUUUUGUGAUGUACAAGAGCCGCGACGUGCUCAACAUUUACAAUGGGCUGUGCACGGUGGAGGUUAACCACGCGGUGGUGGUGGUGGGCUUUAACUACACGGGGCCGGACCUCAAAGGCAGCUACUGGAUCAUCAAGAACUCGUGGUUCGAAACGUGGGGCGACCACGGCUAUAUGUACCUCGCCAUGACGCCCGACGUGCGCGGGAAAUGCGGGAUUCUCUCGACCCCCGCCAUGUACCCCGUCUAUUUUCCAUCCGGGAUGCAGCCGGCGCGCUUCUCGUCCGACAAGCGCGGCAAGUGGAAUAUAAAAAAGGUGGACGACCUCUCGUCGUCGCUCUUCUCCUCCACCCUCUCUCUCGACACCACCUCAACCACAACCACUACCACAACCUCCGCUACGGUUGCGUCGUUCACCGACCCGACGAUCACCGAUACUUCAUCCCUGCUAAUUGGAUCCACCACUGCUUCCACAGCGUGCGUGGGGAUGAUCAACCCGUGCGGCGGCGGCACUUGCUACAUGAGCGGUGGAGUUCCGCGGUGCAACUGCAGUGCGCUGGCGAAUUUUGUUGAGAUGCCAGGAGUGCCCACGUCCAAGUGCGUGCCGCGAAGCCCCUGCACGACGGAUCCUGUGAAUCCCUGCGGUGGCGGAACGUGCAGCGACGUGGGCGACGGGACGUACACUUGCUCGUGCUCGACGGGUUACGCUGUCGGUGCAGCUGUCGACGGUUCGCCAACGUGCAUGCCUGCGGCUGGACUCGCGAAAUCCUAUGUUACCCUUCCUGGCGACAACUGCACAGCCGUCGCGACAGCUUUCAACAUAUCGACCACCACGCUGACAAACCUCAACACUUUCAUCAACUGCUCCGUUACAGAAUACCUCCCUCCCGGAAUUGCACUUACAGUAUCAGGAAUUGUCACUUCCUUAUCCUCAUAUUGCACCAACACAUACACUGUCCGACCUUCCGAUACCUGUUUGUCAAUCGCGAAUGCUUACUUCAAUGGCUCACUGACUUCAUUUACUGCAAUCAAUCCUGGCGUGUCGUGUAAGCGCCUGUUCAAGUCGCAGCAAGUAUGUCUUCAGAUGAUUUCUGCAUCUUCUACAUCUUCAGCAACACCAUGUGGGCAAAGUGUCCCGGUGGCCAUGGGGGAUACGUGUGCUUCGCUCUCCAAUAAAUAUGUCAUCAGCACGUCGAGUUUCGUGAACCUCAACCCGGGUAUCAACUGCAACAACCCACUCAUUGUUGGAAGUUACGUGUGUGUGGCGCCGAAGUCAUCCGCUACCACCAUCAAUUGCACGUCAUGGUACCGGGUGAUGCAGGGCGACACAUGCCCCUCAAUCUGGAAUGGAGCCAACCUCACCAUGUCCAUGUUCCUCGCCAUCAACCCGGGCAUCCAGUGCCAGGCCCCCUACCUUGGCAUUGGCCAGCAGGUCUGCAUCGACUCACCCAUCCUCGCCACCAUGCAGCGAUCUCCCAACGUCUCCUACUCCUUGUACACUGUCCGACCCGGCGAAACCCUCGCCGAUAUCUCCUCCAUCUACGCGCCCCGCUGCACGCCCACCUCCAUUGCACCUGUCGCCAUAGCUGCUGCGAAUUUCAUCGUGAACGCAUCAGCUCCGCUUGUUAAUGGCACGCAGCUGAUCAUCCCUUGUAUUGGCCGCAUCGGUAUAGUCGACUGCGGUUGCGCAGCAUCUCUCCAAGUGUGCGGGGCUGACAUGGUGACCUACCCAUCCUACUGCGACGCGCUCUGUAACUAUGCCGUCCCGCUCAUCGCAGAUUCCAUCUGCCCGUACCCCUCAUGGCCGUUUGACGCUCCUUCAGACUGCUCGAUUAUAGUUGGCAAUGUCACGGGUCCCUGCUGCACCUACAGGAGGAAUGCUUGCGAUCAGUCGUGCACUGAUACUGCAGCUACGCUCGGGGAAGCCCCUGCUGGUAACCCCGAUGCUGGAGCUAAGAUCUUCAAGACUAAGUGUGCUCAGUGCCACGUGGCAGAAAAGGGUGGUGGUCACAAGCAAGGUCCGAAUCUGGCCGGGCUUUUCGGCAGGCAGUCGGGAACCAUCGAGGGCUACUCGUACUCAAAUGCCAACAAGAACGCUGCAGUCCUUUGGGGAGAGGAAACCCUUUACGACUACCUUUUGAACCCUAAGAAGUACAUUCCCGGCACGAAGAUGGUCUUUCCAGGACUGAAGAAGCCCCAGGAGAGAGCGGAUCUGAUUGCUUUCUUGAAACAAGCCACUGCAUGA